UCAAAAAGGGUCUUCCUCACAGCAAGUUGUCAAUUGAUACAAAUUAUACUAUGUUGGUUCCAAUUAUAUCAAGGGAUACUCCUUCCGGGGAAGAUUAUACCCCCCCUUCAACGUUUCCUAUUGGACCAUUCACAAAACAUCCGGCAAACCCAAUCCUUACCCCUGACCCAAACAUCGAAUUUGAAAGUGCCUAUCUCUAUAAUGCCACCGCUAUAGUUGUCGACAACAAAGUAUUUCUCUUGUAUAGAGCACAAAACAGUGCUAAAACCUCCUCCAUUGGGAUUGCCUGGUCCGAGGAUGGAGUUCACUUUGAGAAAUUUAAACGCCCAAUACUUUCACCUACAGAGUGGUAUGAAAUGGGUGGUGGUGUAGAAGAUCCACGAAUCGUGCGGGAUCCCGAAACCAAAUUGUUUAUUAUGACAUAUACCGGGUACGAUAGAUAUAGAGCUAGAUUAUGUGUUGCCGUUUCCGAAGAUUUGUUCACUUGGAAGAAGUACCCUCCUUUUAUCUCGGCGGAAUGGCAUGAUAUUGAAGUGACAAGUUAUGGCGAAAGAAAUAUCCGUCCAGAGUGGACUAAAUCGGGGGCAGUAUUCACUGAAAGAAACAAGAAUGGGAAAUAUUACAUGAUUUGGGGCGACUCUGAAUUACAUCUUGCCGAGUCAGAUGACCUAAUUCACUGGGCUUUGCCUAGCUAUUCCUUGAUCCAUAACACCUUUGCCAAACUGGUUUUCCCCCAUGAAUCAAGAUUAAUUGAAUCGGGUCCUGCGCCAAUCAAGAUGAAAAGUGGUCAAUAUAUCUUCAUAUAUAAUGCCCUGACUACUGGUGACGGACACUUGGAGAGAGAUACAUAUUCAAUCAGCCAGAUGUUGAUUGAUUACGAUAAAAUUGUGGAUGGUCCCGUUGCCAGGUUAGAAAAGCCAGUUAUUGUCCCGGAAGCAAACAAUGAAAAAAAUGGUCAAGUUAACAAAGUUGUGUUUUGCGAAGGGUUAGUGCAAUUUCAUAACCAAUGGUUCUUGUAUUACGGUCAAGGUGAUUCAGAAUUGGGUGUAGCCACUGCUCCAGUUACUUAGAUAUUCUAUAGUUUUAUAAAAAAGUUGUGUUUGUUUUCAAACUAACAAGAUCUUUGAAGUUCGUCUUUAGGAACAUAAAGUUGUUCUAAAGCGACGCCAUUCUCAUUAUACAUGAAUUAAUAAUAUAAUAUUUAGUUCAGUAUUUAACUUAUCUAGUAUCAAUACUUUGAUUCUCUGGGACCACUACAAGACAUUC